UAACCCAAAAAUACACGUCUGACUGUGGGCCCCAACACCAGCAUCCCCCAAAUCCCAAUUUGCCAAAUCCUGGUUCCGCCUGCUGUAUAUAUGAUUACCCAUAUGGAAUUCAGGAUCAAGAUCGCUUCUUUGAUUUUGAUUUGGGAAUUUUUUCAGAGCUAAUGAUAACAUACAGACACAGAAAAGGGAAGGAAAGGAAAUACUUCUAGUUCAAGGGAAGGAAAAGUAAGCUGUGGUUGAUCAAGUCAAGUCACCUCUUUCUCUGUGUAUGCAGCAGAGUAAAGUAAGUAAAGGGUUUGGAUUAUUUCUAGAAAUGGGAAUGGGGAGAGAGGAAGGAAAGAGAGAUGAAGGAGUUAAUAUAUUAAGCUAAUAAAGAUGAAUAAUUGAGAAUAAUACUUGCGACUUAAUUAGAAAGGUGGAACUUUCUCCUCAUUUUCCUCUCCUAAUUUCUCUCCCCAUCUGCCAUUUCUCUCAGCUUAAUCACUCCCCUUUUAUUUGUUUACAAUUUUAUUUCUUGAUAUUCAUUGGCAUCAUUUAUUUGCUUUCAUUUUCAUUUUAGCCUAUAUCUGUACAAUUUUUUCUUUUGGCACAGUCUCCGUCCUUUUGCUGUGGGCUUUAAUUUUUGGAUUUCUCAAUGUUUUGCUCUUUCUACGCGCAGAUCUUAUUUGUGCUUUUUCACAAAUUACGGUUACGAUCUCUAUCUCACAUCCAGCUUCUUUUACCGUGUUAAUCUAUUUAUUUUUUUGGGUUGUUGUUUAAUUGAGUUAGGGUUUCUGUGUAUUUGGAUCUAUGCAUGGACCUCGUAAGCUCCAACAGUUCUGCUUCACUUUUUUUAAUUUAAUGAAUAAUAGCAUGGAAAAUUAGGGUUUGUGUUAUAAUCUGGGUUGAUUAUAGCAAAUUUGAGCUGAUUCUAAUUAAGAGGCAGUGUAGAUUUUAUCUGGGCGUUAAUCAAUGUAUUGAAUUUUGGAUUUUGCCCUAUUUUGUUCUUUUUUCAGGUAUUCGGUUUUUACCCUUUUCUCAGCUCUUAGUUCAUUCAGAAACUACAUCUGAACUUCUCAAGGAUUCCAGUUUUGGUAACUCGAAGAUUUCAACAUUGGGUUUUGGCAUCUUGGUCCGAUUCAGCGCAAUUUUGUUUCCUCAUGCUUUGGCUGCUUGUAGAUUGUGUAAUUGCGUAAAGCAGUAUUAUUCUUGCUCCACUUGUAGUUUGUCGUAUUCCAUAAAGAAAUUGAAUUGGGAAAAUAAUGAAUGCAUGGGAGGUGGAGUGCAAGUAUUCCAAAAGAUGUGCCUCUCAUUCAUUUGUGUUGAUUAGUUUCUCAUCUUCUUUUUGCUUCAAGUUCUUAUCCUGCUGAUUGAAUGGUUAUGAGCUGUGAGAGUGGCCGUGUGAUUACAAGGAGAUGAGUCGCACGACAAAUGAGAGUGAUGAUGGGGUGCUCUCAAAGGAUCAGACUGAAUCUCCGUUGGCUGAGGAAGGUAGCUGCGGAGGAAGUGCAAAUGGAGGAGUUGUGCUGAAGAAAGGGCCAUGGACAUCUGCUGAAGAUGCAAUUUUGAUAGAAUAUGUGAAGAAGCAUGGGGAAGGAAACUGGAACGCAGUUCAGAAGCACUCAGGGCUUUCCCGAUGUGGUAAAAGCUGCAGAUUACGGUGGGCCAAUCACCUGAGGCCUAAUUUGAAGAAAGGGGCCUUUACUCAAGAAGAAGAACAACUAAUAAUUGAACUCCAUGCCAAGAUGGGAAACAAAUGGGCACGCAUGGCUGCACAUUUGCCUGGUCGUACAGACAAUGAGAUAAAGAAUUACUGGAACACCCGAAUUAAGAGGCGUCAACGGGCUGGCUUACCUCUUUAUCCUCCUGAAGUCUCUUUGCAAGCAUUGCACGAGAGCCAACGAGGCCUGAACAUUAGUGGAAUCAAUAGUGGAGACAAAGGUCAUCAAGAUCUUUGUCGAACCAACAAUUAUGAGAUACCUGAUGUUAUAUUUGACAGUUUAAAGGCCAACCAUGGCAUCUCACCUUAUGUUCCUGAACUUCCUGAUAUUACUGCAAGCAGCAUGCUAAUGAAAGGUUUGGGUUCUUCUCAAUAUGGUAGUUUCAUGUUGCCAACAAUUCAUCGUCAAAAGCGUCUUCGAGAAUCAACAACCUUAAUUCCUGGUUAUGGUGGCAGUGUAAAAACUGAAUUCCCCCUGUUCGACCAGUUUCAGGGUAAUCCUUGUGACAAAGUUGCUCAAUCCUUUGGGUUGUCUUUUCCAUUUGAUCCUGAUCCCACCAACAAGAACCCGCAGUCCUUUGGUGACAAUCAAGGUAGCCAUACCUUUGCAAAUGGCAAUUUCUCUGCUUCUAAGCCUGCCUCUGGGCUUGUGAAGAUGGAGCUCCCUUCACUCCAAUAUCCAGAUAUAGAUUUAGGUAGCUGGGGGACAUCCCCACCACCUUUACUUGAAACUGUUGACACUUUUAUCCAGUCUCCACCUAUGGGGACAGUUGAGUGUUCUCCACGUAAUAGUGGCCUUUUGGAUGCUUUACUUCAAGAGGCUAAAACUCUAAGCAGUGGGAAGCAUCAUUCAUCUGAAAAGAGUUCGAAUUCAUCUACUGUUACUCCUGGUGAACUUGCUGAAAGUUCUGCCCUGAAUAAAUGCAAGACAGAAUGGGAAGACUAUGGUGAUCCCCUUUCCCCAUUGGGUCAUACUGCAACUUCUCUUUUCAGUGAGUGCACUCCUAUGAGUACCAGCGGUAGUUCUUUGGACGAAACGCCAGUUACUGAGACCUUAACUGGUUGCAAUGUGAAAUCAGAACUGACUACUCGAGCUUGGAGUCCAGAAAGAGAGCAAGAAACCACUACACGAUUGAACAUCACUCGUCCUGAUGCUUUACUUGCUUCUGAUUGGAUUGAACAGGAUUCUAGUUAUGUUAAGGAUCAAGUCGUUAUGACAGAUAACAUAGCAAGCCUUCUUGGUGAUGAUUUGAGCAGCGAUUAUAAGCAAAUGUCUGCUGAAGCUUCUACAUCAAAUGAAGGAUGGGGGCUGAGUUCUUGUGCAUGGAAUAACAUGCCUGCAGUCUGUCAAAUGUCUGAAUUCCCAUCAGAAAACUGCUAUCUAUCAAAUUUAUGAACUUUUGAUACAUUUGUUGCUUCAUUCGUCUUGAUGAUAUCUUCAAUUUGGGCUGUCAGGUCUGUGCCUGGCACCUGCUUGACCAAGAAAAGGUCACUUGGGGCAAAACUUCAAGGUUGUUUUAUUUGUGAUUUUUGGUUUUUCUUGCUUUCUGAAACGGGUACUGCAAGUAUGCCAACCUCGAACUUAAUGAGGUAUACAAAUGCAUGAUGGGCUUUGUUAAAUUUGUAGAACAACAAUGCACUUCAACUCAUGGUUUUUGGUCAUUUGAUGUAAUGAAUUUGUUUUGGAUGCUAUCUUUAGAUAUUGCAGUCAUUUUCAA